CCCCCCCACAGUAAUCAAUUGACACUACCACCUUGGCACAGUAAACAUGGCGGCGAGCGUGAAAGACCGAGCUGUCCUCGAUGCUAUUUUUAAUCCUCUACUCCCCCUUGGAGACUGUCCACAAGAAAUCAUCGAAGAAGAGCUACCAAUCGAAAACACGAACGAAGAUGAUGUAAAACGAGCGAAAGAAUACGAAAUACAGGGAGUCGAGAAAGCCGAAGCCGGGGACUUCGUAGGGGCAUUGGACUGUUUCAAUAAAGCUAUAGACGUGGCCCCACUUCGAGCGUCUGGGUACAAUAACAGAGCCCAGCUUUCAAGGCUACGAGGUGAUAAUCAGAGUGCAAUGGAAGAUCUCAACAAAGCCAUUGAACUCAGUCAUGAACAUGGUGCGGCCGCAGCCCAAGCAUACACUCAACGAGGACUCCUCCACCGCCUUGAAGGCAAUGAUGAGGCAGCUUCAGAGGAUUUUCAACAUGGUGCCACACUUGGCAAUGCCUUUGCCAAAGCAAUGACAGUCCAGUUAAACCCCUAUGCUGCAAUGUGUAACAAAAUGCUUGCAGAGGCUAUCGGAAAGCUCAGUGGACAUGCAUAAUUGCACAAUACUUAGUAAGCAGAAGGUCAUUCUUGUGGUAUACUAGGGUCACAAAGAGUAGCAUCAUUUUUUAUGUGGUUUCAUUCAACACCUGGUGUUCAAGACAGGAAGUAGCCAGGAUUUGCUGAGGGGGAAAACGCAAACCUUUAGGUGUAAUAUCUAGAGAUUCAUAGGGAGAAGAUCUCCUUCUAUGAGUUUGAUGUUGCCAUUAUUUCAGCCCAAGCAAGUGGCCAAUGAAAAUGCAAGUUACACCAUGUUCCAUAGUUACACCAGGUAGCUACUAUGAGUUGUACUUUAUUUGGCCAGGGAAUCAUGAGAAUUGCAUUUGCUGGCAUACCAUUCGAUUAUAAGCCUGGCAAUUAUUAUUUAUUAGGUGUUUUUAUCCUCCUCUAUUGGGGGUAAUUGUGUGUACUGUUUUAACUGGGUGAAGGCUUUUUUUUGCAAACUCAAGGUACCAAAGCUUGUGACUGAUGGCUUUGGCUCCGCCAGUUAGUAAGAAGUCGAUAAGUAAGUAAUAAUGCAAUUACAUCAUAUCAAAUGAAACGUGUUCUAUUGAAGGGUUCAUUAAAAUUCCCCUUUUAAGGGGUUGCUCUCUGCUUGCAGAAAA